UACUCUAAGAUACUAAUAGUUAUAUUACAGAACUUAUCGAACACAAAGUUUUAUUUGUUAUUCUUAUUAUUUGCUGAUAGUGAAAAAAGAAUAAUUAUAAUACUGUAAGAAAACGCAGAAAAUAAAAUAUAAGUUUUGAGAAAAAAAACAAGAAAUACUUUUUUUAAAAUUAUACCAAGAUGUGAUGAAAUCAUAAAAAUAUUUGGACUGUGCAACGAUAAACACUGCAGUAAAUUGGAAAUAAUACAAAAUAUAUUUACUUAUUGUUUACAAUAACAAAACGUUUUCGAUAAUAAAAAUGCGGAAUUUAAAAAAUAUAUAAUAUACAAGAGUAUCUACAGUUUAAUAUAAUUAAUUUUAAGCAAUAAAUCCAAAGAAAUCUUGCGGGCAAAAUGAAGGAAAUAGUGAAAAAAAUGUUAUCAUUAAAGGUGUCCAGUACGAGCAAUGUGGAAACUUCAGAUAAAGAGAAACAAAUAAGCAAAAGAAUAUCAACAACAACAGGGAACACUUCACCAGCAACAAAUGAUCAACUGGUGCCAGAUAUGAAUGCCAUUCAGGACACAUUACUCGAACUUUCUACAUCGGUCGUUAAGAGCAAUAUAACCAUAACAGAUUCAUCAAAUGUUCAUUUAGGCAAUAAAAUUAAUUACGAUGGCAAUCUGUAUUUGAAUCUUUUAAAGCAAAACAAUGAAACCGGAAUAUCUUUAAUUCAACAUGACAAUAAUAAUGGGGUACUAAUUAAAACAACAUCGAAUGUACACAUUUCAGAUUAUCCGAUAAUUCCGCGUAGUUUUUGGUCAAUUAGAAAGCCCAGAGAAAAAUAUGAUAAAAUUAAAGAACCUGUUGGAUUGGUCGUAAUUUCUCAUACAGCCACUACCAGCUCAACUAAUCAAUCGAAAAAUAUUCAAUUAAUACGUGAUAUACAGGCCUUUCAUGUUGACACCCAUAAUUGGAAUGACAUAGGCUAUAAUUUUCUAAUUGGCUGUGAUGGAACAAUUUACGAAGGUCGUGGAUGGGGCAUUGAAGGUGCCCAUACAUUUGGCUAUAAUAACCGAUCAAUGGGAAUCACAUUUAUAGGUUGUUUUAUUAAUAAAAAGCCUACAGAUCAUGCAUUAUAUGCAUGUCAAAAUUUACUGGAAAGAGGUAUUAGUGAAGGACAUUUAGCCAAAAAUUAUAAAUUAUUGGGUCAUCGUCAAUGUUCCGAAACUGAGAGUCCCGGUACAAAAUUGUUUGAAGAAAUUACAACAUGGGAUCAUUUUUAUAAUAAAACUAUUGAUGAGGACAUAUAUUCAAUGGCUAGCACUGAAAUAUUACCAGCAUGUGAAACAUUGGACGAUGCUGAGUCACUUGCAUCGUCUAUAGUGGAAUCUAGUAUAGUAGAUUCAGCAUCAGAAGCCGAUGGGGAAAAUUCACAAGAUGAUGAUGACUCACGCAGUUAUACAAACAUUUCUGAACUGCCUAUUUAUAAUCAACUAUUGAAUACGAAUUCAUUAAGAAAACAAUUGGAACAUAUCACACCAUUAGCCACCUACAAUAAUGUUAAUGUUGCAAAUUCAUCAAAUGUGGUUUUCGGAAAUGUUAUUAAAGUUAAGGGCGUUCUAAAUAUAAAUGUUUAUAAUAAAGAUAAAAAUAACAGAAACUAUAAUGAAAACCAAGAAGAAAACAUUGAUCGUUUACAUAAACGCAGGGAAUCAUCACCUCAAGCCAAUAAGGAAUCCUUAAAUGAAAAUAGUUCCUUGUGCCGCAUAAUACCUCGCAAUUAUUGGUCUACUCUGGAGCCUUCAGAAGAAUUUGAAUAUAUUGACGGGCCCGUAGAUAUUGUUAUCAUUUCUCAUACUGCCACUAAUAGUUCUUUAAGUUCUCAGGAAAACACACAAUUAUUACGAAAUAUCCAGACUUUCCAUGUCGAUGUCCAAGGUUGGGAUGAUAUCGGCUAUAAUUUCCUAAUUGGUUGUGAUGGCAAUAUUUACGAAGGACGCGGCUGGAAUGUUGUUGGUGUUCAUACAUACGGUUAUAAUAGAAGAUCACUGGGUAUUGGUUUUAUAGGUACUUUCUCACGUUCCUUGCCUCCGGAAAAAGCUAUAGAAGCAUGCAAAAAUUUACUUAAAAGAGGCAUCGAAGAAGGCCAUUUAAAAAAAGAUUACAAAUUAUUGGGUCACCGUCAAUGUAUAGCAACGGUUAGUCCUGGAAGAUUGUUAUAUGAAGAAAUAACUAAAUGGGAAAAUUUUUACCCUAAAGAUAUACAUGAUGAUUUAAAGUGCUAAUAUAAUUGAAGGGAUUUUUGAAGGGAUUCGAAAGUUACUAUCAUUAACUUUAUAGAUUUAUUAUUUUUUAACAAAUCUAUUAGUAUUGAUGAUUUUACAUUUUAGUCAUAAGUUUUUAUAAUGUUUGUUAUCUAUUUCUUCAAAUUUAAUAUAAACUAUUGAGAAUACAA